UUUGUCAAUGACAGACUUGUUGACAGAGAUGACGCCGAUUGGAAAGAUGAAGUCCAACAAAAGUUCUUAGAAUGCAAAGAAGACACAUGCGCUGUUCUUGAAGAUGAAAUAGAAAACAGAAUAGAAGAGCUAUUAAAGGACAAAGACCUUUUACAUAAAUAUGGUUGCGCCAAAUUUGACAUAACUCCACCAGAGAAGAAGAAGAAGAAGAGAGAAAAGAAAGAAAAGAAAGUAGAAGAAGAGAAGAAAGAGCCAGAGCCAGAGCCAGAGAAAAAGAAAUUUGACAUGUAA